GAAGUAUCUGAUCUGGUGGUUGUUGACCAUAGAGUGAACUUUUAACUAACAGGUGGUUCUGGUGGUUGUUGACCAUAGAGUGAACUUUUAACAGAUGGUAGUAAGUACUGAAGAUGUGUUUUCAGGCUCCAGAAAUCCUAUGCUGUGUUGACUUUGGGGUCCACUGUUAACCUAUAGCUGAUUUGUGACCCUUAGGAAUGCACAGAAGGGGAGUCUUGUCUGAGGAGUUGUCACUCUUUAGUGGGGUUGUAAACCAGAUGCUGUAAUUUUAUACGUUGCUAGAAGGUAUAAAAACUGACCGUUGGUCUUUGUUCGAGGAGGAUCAUUGGGCCACAUCCUUCCAGACAGCUCCUGUCUGUACGAUACUGUUCUUUCUUUUAAUAAAGUUCUUAUUAAGAAAGUCAGUGUCAACGGGCGUUUCUUCUCCACCUGCACAUCACGGACAUCAGAGAAACAACGACAAAUUUGUGGCGUCACGAACAGGAUCAGAUGCGGAAUUCGUCGGCGGCUGGCAGCUCCCUUGGUCGCUCUUCACCGUCCUGAUUCGACGCGUCAGUUGGGGAAGAGAUGGUGGAAUGCGUCUGAAUUCCGGUCCUCCAAAGGUCAGAUGGGGGGACAGCUGAUUGUGCUCUACACGAACUGAGGCUUUGCGGAUGACAACACGUGUGGCUCCUGCACCCAACAUCAUCAAGGCUAGUCUGAUUUUGUCCACAAACUCUUUUUAAUGAGUAUUUGUAUUUGCUUAUGUGUGCAUACAAUUACUUAUGACUGAUAUUAGGGAUAUGUAAUCAGAUGGUUUUCAUAUAUAGGUCUAUGGUGUUUCCUUUGUAGUUUGACUUAGAUAAUUUUUUAGUCUGGGGUCAAUAAGGCACAUCUGGUCACACAAACACCUGGGGUAUCACAUGUUGUGAUCAUAUGAGAGGAAGCUUGGCAACGGACUGACCAUCUGUGGCAUUCAAUUGAUUAAUGGAUCACUAUUAAUCUAAUUAACUAUUUUUUGGAUUGAUUAUUUGGUUUGAAUAUGGUAGAGAUUCAUUGAUGGUAGUUUCAUUUAGUUGUGUAUGGCUUUGGUUCCAUUGAAGUUGAUUUGUGAUUGGAUAUUGUAAUUCUUGGAUGAUUUGGGAAUUGGGUGAUAAUCAUGUGGCUUGGUCUUUAUUGAUGAGCUUGUGGUUUCCUCUGAGGUUGGCAAAUUUAUUUCAUUUUGUUUCAUUUGCUGUGUAAUACAGUGCUUUUUAUAUAGCUUUUUUAUUUCAUUUGUUUUUAUUUAUUUUGAUUUGAAAGACAGGGACACAAGGUCGGUGACACAAUGUCAAAGAUGGACAUUAAAGCUUUAAAAGUGAUCACUCCUGUUGAUGUUGUACAAAAGAACAAUCCUCUUGUUAAGGGCAUUGUAAAAAUGUCGCAGAAAUGGCACAAGCGGUGGCCUGAUAUCGAGCAACCUUGGCCAGUAGAGGGGACUCUCAAUCCUGAUGUGAUCAAAACGAUGCAAGUGCUAAUAUCCACUCACAAGGCCGGCCAAAAGAAAGGGAAAAAAGGACAGAGACGUAUUGAGAAGAGACAAAAGGAGCUGGGUAUCAUGAAGUUCUUCGAAGAGGAAGGACAAAAACUGUUGAAGGCUGCAAAAGACCGGAAGGUGUGGACAGCAGAAGAGAUUGUAACAAAUGUCAAGGAGACAGAGAAGCUGAUGGAGAAGGUUAAUGCACCUUUCUCACAUACAGCGUCGAUAAAGAAUCCCCCACCUUAUGUGGAGCAGGUUAAGUUUGCUGAUGUCUAUCCUCAGCUCCCAGUGAUCAAACAGGAGGGUGACUAUCACAUUAAGGACGAGGAUGACCAAAUAAUAGAGAUGGGCACGGCUAGAACAACAAUAGAGAUGUAUCCAAGCUCCAAAUGCAAAUCGAAGAAGACCCAUCUGGAGACUCGGGGUGGACAGAGAUACAGGAGGCUGGAAAUAGGAGAGGAUAGUCAGGAGUCAGAUGAGGCUGUGGGUGGAUAUGAUCCAGUAGUGAGACGGGUUUUGGCCAAAGCAGAGAAAAGGGGAGAUAGGUCAGUGAAGGAAGGGGACCCAGGAAAGGACGAGACUGAUGAGAGUGAGGAUGGAGAGAGUGAUGAAGACUCAGAGAGUGAGGGUCCCUUAUACUCUUCCCCAUUAGUAUUCAGUAGUAGAGCAGGGAGUGAGAGACGACAAGCUUUAAGAGAGGUUCAGAGAACCAUAGAUAAAUGUCUUGUGGAUAUGGAGAAAGCUAGUUCUCCAGAAAACCGAGGAGUACUUGAGAAACACCUAAAGGAGUUGUGGAUGACGGAGAAGAGUCUAAAGAAAAAGAAAUCCCAGAAGCCAGAGGCUUUUGGAUAUAGCUUACGCUCAAGAGAAUCAAAGAUGCCAGAUAAGAUUUGUCCAGUGAUUGUUAGAGGCCAGAAUCUGGAAUAUAAGCCUUGGCAGAAUACGGAUAUGUCAGACAUAAUUGAAAAGUUGCCGACUCUUCAAGAUGGGGCAUAUCCUUGGAUUUCAAAGUUAGAGGAGGUCCUGGUAGGGACACAGCCUGCCAUGGGAGACAUUAAGCGACUCUUAGCUGGUCUCCUGGGAGUCCCUGCGAUGGAAGAGAUCCUACAACAAGCAGGUCUUAACAGAUAUGUGGCGACUGCUGUGAAUGAUGCAGAACUCUUUGCUGCCAGUCGAGGUCGGAUGUGGAGAGCAUUGAGAGAUAUGUUCCCAACGAAUAUACAUCCGGAUAAUAUUUUGAUUGAGCCACUGGGACAGGAGGAGAAUCCAAGGGCCUAUGUGUCAAGAGCUCAUCAGGCAUGGAGAAAUGUCACAGGAAAUGAUCCAGAUUUGAAUCAAAUGGAGCAGUCAAUUGUGCGAGACAAAAUACAGAAAGGGUUGCCCCUACCAGUGAGGAGCAAACUGGCAGAGGUGGUUACUCUGGGGAGCAUGACCAGAGCUGAUUAUACUAAUCAUGUAGCUCAUUUAGUAGAGCUACACCGUAAAAAGGAGCACGAACAGAGAGAGCAGGACCAAGAAACUCUCAGAAAGCUUAAUCAAAUACAGUUAGCAGAUAGUAGACGGAAGGAUAAGAAGCAGGCUUUGGUUAUGCAAAAUCAACCAAAUUUGUCAAAUCUGCCGCCACAACAACCGCAGUUAGGUCAGGUUCAGCUUCAACCGUCUCAACCAUCGUUUGUGGUCCCCACUGUUUCCUUCCUACGGCCAGCCUUUGGUGGAUCACAGAACUGGAGAGGAAGAGGACGAGGCAAUUUUGGAAGAGGUAGAGGAGGAAAUUUUAAUCCGAAUUUCCAACAGCCUCCAGAGGUCUGUUAUAAUUGUGGACAAGUGGGCCACUAUGCUCGGGAAUGUAACAUGUUUAGAGGAGGUUUUAGAGGGGGUUUUAGAGGAGGCUUUAGAGGACUAUUACGCCCGCCCAGGGGACCAGUGAACCCUUAUAGGGGUCCGGAGCCAGGGUUUUAGGGGUGCCCAGAAAACCUGAAAGGGGGGUGUCAGCUGGUAGUGUCAGGGCCGGAGCAAGAUCCAACGAUAGAGGUGAAAGUAAAUAAUCGACCAUUAGAAAUGAUGGUGGAUAGCGGAGCUGCUUUUACCUGCAUUCGGCCUGAAGAUGCUAUACACCUCCCCAUGUCUGGCCAAUUGGUACGGACAAUCGGGUUUGAGGGUGUAAAACAGCUGAUUCCUCUCACAAAACCAAUUGAGCUCUGCUACAAAAAUCUGAAGACUAAAAUACCUAUUCUGGUGUCUGAGCACACACCUAUUGCACUUUUGGGUAGAGAUGCUUUGUGCAAAUUGAAUUGUACAAUACGAUGUACACCGGACGGCUGUCUGGUGGAGGUGCCAACUGAUGUUACACAUCAACUGUUUAUGAAAACAGAGACUGAGGCUGUGGUGUUUUGGAUUGGAAACCUUAGUUCGGAGCUAUUGGAGCCAGUUAAGGUGUGGGAGAAAUUUAUUGCAGCUAACAUACCGGGUGCUAAGUUUCCUGAGUACCCACUUCAUUGUACGCUUAAGUAUUUCAAGGAUGCUGCUCGAUCCAAUCCAACAGAGUGGUUGAGUCGUCAGCCAUGUCAGGUUCAGCUCAGUUCAUGUUGUGUGAUUUUGGGACCACAGGGAGCAGCUAUGAAGAUAAACAGAAAUGAUUAUCUUGAUGGAGAGUAUGAUGUUGAGAAGAGUGUCCCACAUGUGACGUUGAUGGUGGCUGAUGGAUAUGAGCAGAAACAUAUAGGAGCAAUGAUGGCAGAGGCUGAGGUGGCUAUUUUUAUACCGUUAGAGGAUAAUCUUGCCAUCUGGAAAAGCGAAGAUCAGCGCUUUCUAAAAAUUAUGAUUUCGGCUCAAGGUGAAGGACAGCCACAAACUGUACGGAUGACACAUGAGUCAAUUUUCAGUGUUAACUCAGACUCAGACUGUAUGAGAGAGAAGAUGCUGCAACAGGUUCCAGAAUGUUUGUGGUCAAGACAUAACACAGAUAUUGGACUUGUGAAGUCAGCUCAACCAGUGAAGGUUGAACUUAGACCGGGAACCAAACCUCCCUGGAAGAACCAAUAUCCCUUAAAGGAAGAAGCAAUUCAAGGGAUUGGACCACAGAUUGAAGGUUUGCUGCGAGCAGAUGUGCUGGGAAUAACUUUGAAUCCCCAGAGCAACACACCGUUGUUGCCAGUGAAGAAGCCGGAUGAGACUUAUCGUAUGGUACAUGAUUUGAGAGCAGUGAAUGAAGUGGUUGCUGAUUUUCCAGCUGAUGUGCCGGAUCCUCAUACCCUGCUAGCUCAAAUUCCUCCAGAGGCUGCAUAUUUUACGGUGUUGGAUCUGUGUGGAGCGUUCUUUAGUGUUCCACUCAGUGUAGAAAGCCGAGGGCUAUUUGGGUUUACAUACAAUGGACAGUUCUAUGAGUAUAAGAGACUCCCACAAGGAUUUAAACAUAGUCCUCAUAUUUUCAACAAAGUGCUGAAAGAUGAUUUGGCAGGGAUAGAUCAGGUUUUGAAUAGCACUGUUGUUCAGUAUGUUGAUGACAUUAUUAUUUGUUCAUCGACAAAAGAAAUUUGCCAUGAGGAUUCGAUUAAGUUGUUGCAAAUAUUGGCUGAGAGAGGACACAAAGCCUCUCAGAAGAAGCUGCAGUAUUGCCAGGAGAAGGUGGUUUACUUGGGUCAGACAAUAACCCAAGGACAUAGGAGUAUUUCUGACAGUCAUUUGGAGGCAAUUCGGAAGGCUCCAAAACCGCGAACUGUUAGAGAGAUGAUGACGUUUCUUGGCAUUGCUGGGUAUUCUUCAGCAUGGGUAGAGGAUUAUGCCAGUUUGACAGGACCUUUGAGAGGCAUGAUCAAAGACACGGGGACUGCCCAACUUCAUUGUAAUCUCACAUGGACACAAGGAGGUCUUCUGGCAUUUGAGACAAUCAAACAGAGACUACAAGAAGCUCCAGCGUUAGCGUUGCCAGAUUACUCCAAGAACUUUUUGCUGUAUGUGUCUACUUCUGUUGGAGGUAGAUAUGCGUGUGCAGUUUUGUGUCAACCAACGGGCACGGGGAUGAGUCCUCAGCCUGUUUCCUAUUAUUCUACGGCCUAUUCAGAAGUAGAAUUGGGGUUGCCACUGUGCUAUAGAGUAUUGGUGGGAGUUUAUCUGAUGUAUGACAAGGCAUCGUCUGUGACCAUGGGAUAUCCAGUCACGAUUCUCACUCACCAUAGUCUCAGAAAUCUUUUGAAUUAUGGUAAAUAUACAUUGACUAUGCCGAGGCUCAGAGACUAUUAUAGACUCUUAGAGCAGGAAGAUGUCACCCUGGUGAGGUGUACUACAAUAAAUCCAGCUGAGAAUUUGCCAACUCCAGAGGAUGGGGAACCACAUGAUUGUGUUCAGGAAGCAGAGAAAUACUCAAGGCUCAGGUCUGAUUUGCAAGCUUUUCCGUUGCAUGAGCCAGACUUGGAGUACUGGACUGAUGGAUCCUGUUAUCGAAUAGGAGACAAAUUGUGUGCUGGUUACGCAGUAGUGAAAUUUCAGGGGAAUGAAUUUGUUGUUGAGGUAGCGGAGGUAAUACCACAACCUGCCUCUGCACAGCUGGCUGAACUUGUGGGGCUGACUGAAGCAUGUUUGUUGGCAGAAGACAAGCGGGUGACGAUAUAUACAGAUUCAGCCUAUGCUCAUAAUGUGUGUCACUUGUUUGGAGCAGUGUGGAAGAAUCGAGGAUUCAAGAAGUCAGAUGGUUCUCCUAUACAACAUUGUGCUCAGAUUAUGAAGUUGCUGCAUGCAAUGAUGAGGCCUAAGGAAAUAGCAAUAGCUAAGUGUGCAGCACAUAAAAGUGACAUUUCAAGGGUCACACAAGGUAAUAAAGCGGCUGAUGAAGCAGCCAAGGCAGUUAUAGGUGCAGAUAAAAUGGGUAGAGUUCUUCUAGUUUCCCAUGAAGUGGACUUGGAGGAUAAUAUUACACUCAGAGAUGUGAUUUUGAUGCAAGAAGCUGCAUCUGCCAUGGACAAACAACUUUGGUUGGACCGAGGUGCCACCCAGGAUUCCACUGGUCUAUGGAGAAAUCAUGAGGGGUUGAUGGUGGCACCGCCAGAUCUGUUGGGUCUGAUGAUUCAUGAAGCGCAUGGACCAGCUCAUGUUGCAAGGGGGGAAGUUAGGAGAAAGAUCACGAAAGAGUAUGGGUUUUGGGCACCAUACUUGCUUGAGCAGAUUGAUUAUGUCAUAGGCAGAUGUAUUAUUUGUCUGAAACAUAAUGUUAGGAGGGGAGUGAUGGUUCCUCCUGGGCACAUUCCAACUCCAAAGGGCCCAAUGCGUGAGCUAGUUGUGGACUUUGUUGAUAUGAUAAGACCGGUGGGAGGAAAGAGAUAUAUGCUAGUCGUGGUUGACAGGUUUUCACGUUGGCCUGAGGCGUGUCCAACCAAGCGAAAGGAUGCUCAGUCUGUUGCUAAGUUCUUGUGCCGUGAGGUCAUAAGUAGGUGGGGACUUCCAGAUCGAAUAUCUUCAGACAAUGGGAAGGAGUUUGUGGAUAAAACGGUGAGACUGAUUCUACAAAAAUUGGGAAUUAAACAACGUCUGGGUGCUGUUUAUCAUCCGCAAAGCCAAGGUAUUUGUGAGAAAAUGAAUGGUGUGUUGAAAAAUCGCAUUGUCAAAAUCUGUCAACACACAGGUUUGAACUGGGUAGCGGCGCUUCCAUUAGCAUUAAUGGUGUGUCGUUCGAGCGAGCUCCGUGAUUUGCGUAUGACACCUCAUGAGUUGGCUACGGGAAGACGGAUGCCAACACCUUGUUUGCGCACAAGCGGAAAGGGUCCGAAUUUGGCACUUUUGGAAGAUGAAAUGCGAGCGUACGUUAAGUACAUGGCUGCUUUGCAUAAGCGAAUAUCCACGUAUGUUUCUGACAGGCAAAAACAGGAGGAGGUGCAAGAGAAGCUCGAUGAGCAAAAGAAGGACGUGGUGCAGCCUGGAGACAAGGUAUUCGUGAAGGUGUUUAGGAGGAAGUGGUUUAAUGAACGCCGUGAGGGACCAUUUGAAGUUGUUCGCAGCACUGGAACUGCGGUACAGGUCAAAGGGUCCCCGACGUGGUAUCACUUGUCGCAUUGUGUUAAAGCACCACAGGGAGAGGUACCACGAUUACAGAGCAGAGAUGAUGAGGACUCAGGAGUGCCAGGAGAAUCUGCUGAAGAAGCAGUGGUACAUGAGGACCUCCAAGGUCACACUCCAGAAGGAGAGGUGGAUGUUCUUGAUGAUUUUGAGCAUACUUUUGAUGAUGCCAGAGAUGACUUUUCAGUCAAUGGACAGGAAAGGAGAUUUGAGGACGUUGACUUACAACACGUCCCGGAAACAGCAGAAUCUGUCUCUCAAGAAUGUGAGUCAAAGACUCCAGAGGGCUGUGCCGCCUCUCCAGGAGGGUCAGCGGAACCACUUGGAUCGAGGAGCCCAAGGCCAGUCCGGAGAAAGGUUAGACCUAGACGUUAUGAGGACUAGGAUUGAAGCGAUCCUGAGGAAGUCUGUUCGGCUUCCAUGUCAGUGUAUUGAGGGAUAUCAAGUUCAGUGGGAAGAUAAUCAUGGUAACAUUAUUGAUUUAUCAGAUACAUCACCUUCAGGAAAGUUUGUGUUCAAUAAUGACCCCAUGAGGUUGAAGAUGGGAGGAGACUGUAGUAUUUAUCUACGUAGAUUUCAGUUAGAGGAUCAGGGUGAUUAUAGAUGUUCUCACCAUGAAUCACAGGAGCAUGGUGUACAGUUAAA